AUGGACUUCCUGCGGACGUCGGUGUCAUGCUGGCGCGAGGGCUUUACCUUCAAGUUCUGCUGCACGCGCGCGCUGGCGGGAGGAGAGCCGUCUUGCUGGGACGGCCACAGCUUCACCUACGAGCGCUGCUGCCGGCCCCCGCUGCCCUCGGAGGCCUCGGCCGUGUUCGAGGACGUGAACUGCCAUCGGGUGCCAGGGCACACUGACUGGCAGAGGCUGAGGGAGGAGCUGGUAGUGCUCUCCAACUCGCUGGAGGGCGGCAGAUUUGGGGAGGACUUUGGACAGGAGGGCGGCCGGGGCCUGCUGCGGCGGCUGAGCCGCAGCUUUCCCCGGAGCUUGGACUGCGGCGUGGGGCGGCUGGCGCUGGCGGUUGCGCAAGCGCUGCUGUGCAUAUUGUCUGGAGGAGAUGGAUGCCAGAAGUACUGGGACCAUCUCGCCCAGGCCUUCCGUGGGGACGCGUUGGACGUGGUGCGGAUGUCGGCGACGGAGUGGCCGGUGAUGGAGCUGCUGCUGCAUCUCAGCAGGGUGGCGGCCGCCUUGCGCCAACUCUACUCCGAAGCCUGCCAAGAGGUGGAAGGUGCUUUGGACUGGCCGUUGCUGUUUCAAUCAGCCCAAGAUCCCAACAACGCCGAGCUGGCACACAAGGUGCUGAGGAUGUCCUUUGGAGAUGCAGCGGGCGCUGGCGCGCUGCUGGGGAGCGGGUGCCGGGGAGGUGCACAGUGGCUGGCGCUGAACAAGCUCAGCUUCUGUAUGGACAUGGCCCCGGAGUGCGUGAAGUCCUACACGCUGGUGCUGCAGGUCUUUGCGAGGAGGGCUGCGUCAGAUGGCCGAGCCUUGCAAAGCUGGAUGGAGGAAGCUGGCACCUGGAGGUUGUACGAUCUCCAUCAGGGCAUGGUGCAGAAUCGCGUGAGGCACCGGUUCCAGCUGGGCCUCUCGCGACUGGAGCUGCAGCACCUUGGGGUGCUGUCGCCCAAAGCGGUUGUCGGAUGCCUUCGCCUCAAAGCCGCGUUUUCGGAGGCGAGCGACGAGCUGGCCUAUUUCCUGCUGGACCCAGAGCCCGGUCUCACGCCCUUCGCCGCAGAGAGGUGCCGCGCCCUGUGCGGCCAAACCGGGAGGCAGUGGCGGUCCUACGGCGUGCUGCCGGAGGUGACGGAAGGAGCGAUGAGAGGCUUCCCCUGUGCCUGCAGUGCCAUUGAUGAGGCUGCUGGCAACUGUACGCCGAAAGAGGCGCCGCUCUUCGCCAUGCCGCGGAGAAGUCUCGGCCCGCCGGAGACCGCCGAAAGAUCUGAGGUCCUUGGGCAGGCGGCGAGGGUCUUGGACUCGCUGGAUGGUGCAGUGCCAGUCUUUGUGACCAUGGUCUUUGGGAAAAUGUCCAAGUACAUUCCAGCCUUCGCGCAGCGUGUGAGGAGCCUGGGCAUCCCCAACGUGGUAGUCUUUGUCCUGGACGAUCCAGCCUCAGCGGGCUGGGCCCAGUGUCAGUCUCUGUGCAGCCCGCUGGACGCUUCCCCGCACUCCCGCACCAUGCUGGGCUUCACUCGCAGCGGGCGGCUUUCGUUGGAGCCUUGGGGUGGCUUCCGAGGGGUCGACUCGCCGAUGCGCGGUGGGGAGUGGGGCGCUUCCGUGGGAGCGAGCUCCGCGCCGCGGGCGCCUUUGGCGCAGCUCCGAACCUGCAGCCAGGCCGCGGCGGUCACGGCGUUGUCGGAGGACGAGGAGAUGCUCCGCGACUCCGCGCAGCGCUUCGCGGCGGAGGUGCUGGCGCCCAAGGUGCAGGAGAUGGACCACAAGGCGGCGAUGCCCAAGGAGGUGGUGGACGCCCUCUUCGAGCAGGGCCUCAUGGGCAUCGAGGUCCCGGCGGAGCACGGGGGCGUGGGCCUGGGCUUCGCGGCCGCCUGCCUGGCCAUCGAGGAGGUGGCCAAGGUGGAUCCCGCCGUGUCGGCGCUGAUGGACAUCCACAACACCUUGCUGGUCACAGCUUUCAAGCGCUACGCCAGCAAGGAGCUGCAAGAGGAGUUCCUGCCACGGCUGGCCACAGAUACCGUGGGCGCCUUCUGUCUCUCGGAGCCCAACAGCGGCUCCGACGCCUUUGCCUUGAAGACCAAAGCGGUCCAGGACGGCAGCGACUGGGUCAUCGAGGGGGGCAAGUGCUGGAUCUCCAACUCCUUGGAGGCCGGGGCCUUCGUAGUCUUCGCCAACGCGGACCCCUCCAAGGCUCACCGUGGCAUCACGGCCUUUGUGGUGGAGAAGGGGAACCCAGGGCUGCAGAUUGGCAAGAAGGAGGACAAGCUGGGCAUCCGCGCCUCCUCCACCUGCGAGCUGGUCUUCGAGAAGUGCCGCGUGCCCAAAACCGCCGUCCUCGGAGAGGUGGGGCAGGGCUACAAGAUCGCCAUGGAGCUCCUGAACGAGGGCCGCAUCGGUAUCGGGGCCCAGAUGGUGGGACUGGCACAGGGGGCUUUCGACUACGCGCUGCGGUACAUGGUCACCAGGAAGCAGUUUGGUCGGAGCAUCGCUGACUUUCAGGGGAUGCAGUUCCAGUACGCGCGCGCCGCCAUGGAGAUCCAGGCCGCCCGGGUGCUGGUGUUCAACGCGGCAAGGCUCAAGGAGAGCGGCCAACCCUUCCUCCAGGAGGCUGCCAUGGCCAAGCUCAAGGCCUCCGAGGUGGCGCAGGACGUGUCCUCCCAGUGCAUCGACUGGCUCGGGGGCGUGGGCUUCACCAAGGAGUUCCUGGCAGAGAAGUACUACCGGGACGCAAAGAUUGGCACCAUUUACGAGGGUACCAGCAAUAUUCAGCUGCAGACCAUCGCAAAAUCUAUCCGUGCGGCGUACUCCGAAUGA